UCUGCAGUCCCGCGGUCGGGAAGAUGAAGAGUAGAGGAAGCCAAUUCAUCUAUCCCCAUCUCUGUCCCUAACCCCUCUCCUUAUAUUUACCCUUAUCCUAGGUCCUAUCAGUGGCCCCGCCUGCCCCCUUUAGGACUUAUACAGUGGAAAUCGCUGCCCUCUAGUGUCGGCACCUGGGAGCCGGGGAGAGCGCCCACCGCUCAAGAGUUUUUUUGGGGAGGAGGAGGUUCCCCCUUUUUCAGCCUCAAAACUGGAGGAGAUUGAGUAACCCUGAAGCUCAGAUCUCUGGUUCUCUUCCACUGUCUUCUGGGACCUUCUUAUUCCCUCCACCCCUUUCUCCCUUUCUAACUGUCUGGACCAGUAUCAGGUUGAGCUCUGAAUUGCCACUACCUGCGAGGUGGGUUUAAAGGACUCCUUCUCUCUGACCUCCUCCCCUUCCUUCUCCUUCUCAACAGUACCACACUAAGAACCAGGAGGAGACUUGCAGGAGCCUAUUCCCCUGUUGCCUGGGGUGUUCCGCUCACUGCUGAGUAUUCUCAGUUGGGAAGGAUUGGGAAGGGUGUGUGUGGGGAGGGGAGAGGGAGGUAGGGUCCCUGUGUGUGUGUGUGUGUGUGUGUGUGUGUGUGUGUGUGCGUCUGCCCCCGUCCUUCCCUUCCCUCUAGUCCAGAGAUUACUGUAUUCUAGGAGCUAGACAGAAGAGAAGGCAUUGGGUCGACAGGCAGGAGUUGUGAGAAGCGGAGCUUUUCCUCUCUCUCUUUUUAUAGAGGAGAAAAGGGAACGAAAGAGAACAGCUGGAGCGAGUCUUCGGGAGCCCUCCCCGCCCCACUAUCCUUGCGGCAGCUGGCUAAGCGCUCACCAUGCAGCCAGGAACUAACUGAAGACACGGUGGGAUUCGGAGCCCGCUGGUCCUUCAGGUCUUUUUUGGCUUAAAGAAUUGGCUGCCUACAGUGAACAGGUCAACUGUAAAGUCUCAAAAUCUUCACUUUCCUUUGUGCUUUUAAAAGCACAGCCUCUGAACAAGCUUGUUGUGUUCUUCCCAGGCAGCAUUGUUUUUUAAAACUUCAACUAGUUCUAAUCAAGGAAACUUGCAUUCCGGAAAAGCUUUGGGUUCCUUUCUCAUAACCAGUGAAAAUGGCAUUUAAAGGAAAACAUGUGAGGAAUACUUAAACCCUCUUUAUGGCUCAGAUGUGUUGAGGUCUGAACGAUCAACUAGAAAAGAGAACUUCCAAAUUUCCUGUAGUAGCUCCUGGGAGAAGAAAGAUUUAAAAAAUGAAUUUCACAAACUGUACAACAGAAGCCAGUGUGGCUAUUAAAUCUAAAUCAAUAACAGAGAAGAUGCUUAUUUCUAUGACUCUGGUGAUAAUCACUGCCAUGACUACACUCCUGAACUCAGCUGUAAUUAUUGCAAUCUGCACCACUAAGAAGCUCCAUCAGCCCGCAAACUACCUAAUCUGUUCUCUGGCUGUGACAGACCUCCUGGUUGCCAUUCUCGUCAUGCCCUUGAGCAUCACCUACAUUGUCAUGGACACCUGGACCUUGGGUUACUUUAUCUGUGAGGUUUGGCUGAGUGUAGACAUGACUUGCUGCACCUGUUCAAUCCUCCACCUGUGUGUGAUUGCCUUGGAUCGGUACUGGGCGAUCACCAAUGCUAUCGAAUAUGCCAGGAAAAGAACAGCAAAGAGGGCUGGGAUGAUGAUACUCACCGUGUGGACCAUCUCCGUUUUCAUUUCCAUGCCCCCGUUGUUCUGGAGAAGCCAUCGACUUCUCAGCCCUCCACCCAGCCAGUGCACCAUCCAGCACGACCACGUGAUCUACACCAUUUACUCCACCCUGGGGGCUUUUUACAUCCCCUUGACUUUGAUCCUAAUUCUCUAUUACCGGAUCUACCAUGCGGCCAAAAGUCUUUACCAGAAGCGCGGCUCCAGCCGCCAUCUGAGCAACAGGAGCACCGAUAGUCAGAACUCUUUUGCAAGCUGCAAGCUGACCCAGACCUUCUGCGUAUCUGACUUCUCCACUUCUGAUCCAACGACAGAAUUUGACAAAAUCAACAUCUCAGUCAGAAUACCUCCCAUCGACAAUGACCUGGAUCAAACCGGAGACCGCCAACAGAUCUCCAGCACCAGGGAACGGAAGGCUGCUCGCAUUCUGGGACUGAUACUGGGGGCAUUCAUUUUGUCCUGGCUGCCAUUUUUCAUCAAGGAGCUCAUUGUAGGCUUGAGUAUUUAUACUGUGUCAUCUGAAGUGGCCGACUUUUUGACGUGGCUUGGUUAUGUGAACUCCCUCAUCAACCCUUUACUUUACACGAGUUUUAAUGAGGAUUUUAAACUGGCCUUUAAACGGCUUGUCCGGUGCCGGGAACAUUCCUAGAAAGGUAGAAAAUAAAGGGUCUUUAGACAGUCCUGUAAAAUGCACAACAGAUAUUAAACUGGUGAACUCUUAAAGAUAGUUUAUAGAUUGUGGGAAUGGGGAAAGGUAUGCAACAUGGUGUUGUGUGUGGUCCUUUGCUCUCCCUUUUAGUGGUCCUGACAUUCAGUAAGAUGUUUUCUACCUCCAGUGUUAUGUAAGAUGUGUAAUUCAAGUCAGAUUUAUGACACAAAAAUAUAAACAUUAACAGAAGUAACAAAAAGAAAAAUAAUGCAUUAUUUAUUUUAGCAGUUCCAAUUACUCCUGUAAUCAGUAAAUGAGAAAAUUCCUUUUGUUCAUAGGAAUUUUUUUUUGGUGGAUUCUUUUGUCUGUUUAUGGAUAAAUUAAUGUCUCACUAUUUGCCCUUAAGUGGCAUAAAACUUGACCUUGUAUAUUUGUGUGCAUACAGAUCCAUGCAGAGACUGUAUGAUUGUAUAUAAAGAAUAGAGAGCAAUCACUGUCCUGUUAACCCCCUGCUUGCAUCCCUGUGCUGAAAGCAUUCAUCAUGGCACGACUAAAUAGCACAUCUACUGAAGAAUCAAGAACCCUUAUUUCCCACAGUCCAUUAAAAAAUAAACCAGCUCAAGUUUCAAAAAGAACCCAGAAUGAUCUGGGGAUCUUGUGUAAGUUGUUUAUUGUGAGUAUAAUAUAUAAACAAAUGAGAAACAAAAAAAAAAAUGUCUUCCAUUUGGUACAUUUGCUUCUGGAGAUGUUUCUGUUGUUGGGCCUUAAAGGUGAGAGGUAAGGUUUCAGGAUUUUCUAGCUGGAAAGGACAGAUCUCAGAGAUCUAGACUGACUCCCCCAAUUUGUGAAUGAGGAAAGAGGGGUUCAGAAAAUUUAAGUGAUUUACUAAAGGUCACAGAGCUAAUGUAUGUCAGAGGCCUAUUGGUGUAAUUAGGAGACUUCCCGGAAGAAAUAGAGAAGCUAAUCAAUAUUGAAUGCAAUAGGCUCUUUAAUCUGGCACAUUUAAAAAAUAGCAAAAAAAAAUUAAAAAGAAAAAGAAACAAUUUAACUAGAGAUACCCAAAGGAGCAUGGAAGGGAAGGAAAGAAUAACAUGGACAGGGAUACUGUCAUUAUUUAAACCCCAAAUUGGGAAACAGCCAGUAACUCCAAAGCUAAAAGUGAACCAGCCUUAAACUAGGGCAGUAUUUAAAACCUGUAAAGUGGUAGGGAAGAACAGGAUAGGUAAAUAACCAGAGAAGACACCAGGCUAAAGCAAAAUAAGGGAGUUUCUAAGGCUUUGUGAAAAUUUCCAUCCAUGGCUUGGUAUAUUGUUACUUUUAAUUUCACCUGUUUGGUGGAUGGAACUCCUGGGUAGCUCUAGGAAGAUGAUUAAGGCCAGGUGUUGUAAAGGUUCUGUUUAUGGAUGUCUGGUUGGUUUUCUACCUUUGAUAUGAUCGGCAUGGUAGCCACAAUUAGCUGCAAGUUUCUAACUGGGAAGUGUGUAGGCCAGGCAGUUUAAGAUAUGAAAAUGGGAUUUCAGAAAAAGUCAGAGCAUUAUGAUAUAGACAGGAGGAGAAUAUUUGAAGGUGGCAGAAGCCAGACACUGCAAAGGCCCUAGAAACUUUUUCUGAAUAGUCUGAGAGAGUAUCUAAUAUUCCCAUAACUAGAUCAUAUCCUAGGAACACUAAAAUUUCUAAUCAUAUUGAAAGUUGAGCGUUAUAGUUCUGCAUAGAGAAAAUCCUAAAAAUACACACAAGUGUAUAUAUAUAAUAUACAUAUAUAUA